GUCACCGAACGGUCACCAGCGCCGCAAGUUUCUUGAAGCAAUGGAGCCAAUGGAGCUCACAGAAUCAGCGAAUGAUGAUGAUGACGAGGAGGAGGACCUCCUGGAUAUGGGAGAAGAAACCACCGAGAUGGUCACGGAGGAUAACGAGUUGUCGGUGACCGGCCACGGUCAAACCGUGGAGAUGAACGAGGCGAUGUUCGAGCGUUACCAAAUGGUACAGGAUCAAAGCUUCGAGGAGAUUCAGAUGCCCGUGGCCAUGGCCGAGCAGAUCCAACAGAUUUGGUCGGCCCUGGUGGCAAAGCUCAAUGGCCGCGAAGCGGCUGGAGAGGCAAUCUACGACGCAAUCCUGGAGGAAGCUCCAAGCAUGAAGAGUCUUUUCAAGUCCCCGCGCUCGGUCUUCGCGAUGCGGUUCAUGAAUGGCCUGAACAGUAUGAUCGCCGAGGCCGCGAACGCCAGCUCUUUGAAGAAGCAGGUGGAGACAUACGGUUUUAUGCACCUGGAACUGGACCUGUCCACGCCUCGCGUGGAGAUCGUUCGGGAUGCCAUCCUCUCCGUUUUGGAUCAGGAGCUGGGCUUGCCUUUGACCAGCACCGCGCGAGCCAGCAUCAACCUGCUGCUCAACUACAUCGGAGGCGCCUUCAUCUUCAUCCGCCGCGAGCUCGCGGGCCGCAUUCGGAUCAUCAACCGUUCAUGGCGGGCCGCCAAUCGCGUGUCCAUAGCGGAUAUGCCCAAGGACCUUCCCGGCGAAAAGGAGGCCGAGGAAGAGAAGGAGAAGAAAGAGCCCGGCCAAGAACAUGCGGAGAAGAAAGAUGAGACCCACGACCAAUCCACCGCGAACUCCAGCGGCUCCUUCACGGGCCGCAGCGGCCGGGCGGAGAAGAUGCAGGUGCCGACCACCUUCAGCGGCAUGUUCCUGUUCAAUGCGGCUGUGAUGGGCUUCGGGGAGAGCCAAUGGAUGAACCUGGUGCUGGACCGUUUGGAUUCGAUCGCCAUGAACGCGGCCAACACUGGGCGCCUGCAGGAAGAGUGCUAUGUCCUGUCCAUUCACCUGUCCAAGGUGAAGGAGGCCAUCAACCUCUAUGAGUUCAAGGCGGUGAUGCUGGCGGCGCUGAGGUCUCUGGUGCCGGAUGACUGGAACAUGGACCACGAAGUUGCGUGGAACUGGCUCUGGGAGAAUGUGGAGCGGAUCCUUCAGUCGACAAUUUCGCUGCCACGCACCUACGAGAGGGUGGUCCGGAACUUCCUGCUGAAUCUCUCAGAGGAGCACAUCAACCAGCUCCGCCAGCUCACCUUCAAAAUCUUCUUCGAGCGAGCUCCAGCUGGUCAGGACUACUUCAAGCAGUCCGCCACGCGCCUGUUCUUCAUCCUGGACAAGAACAAUGAGAUGGUCAUGGAGAUGUACAGCGACCCGUCCAAGGUGGUCGAGGAGCUGUCGGCUUUGGGCCUGCGCCAUGUAGGCUACGGGGUGCCCAUCGAGCUGUUUCCUCCCUUUGUGGCCUCUGCGACGGAAGCCGCAGCCAGCCUCACCACGGACGAAAUGACGAUCACGUCCUAUUCCUGGGCAUUGACGUUGAUUUCCAAGAUCCUGGCAAGGGUCGUGCUGGAAGGCUCCACUAUCGUCAUGAAAGCCAUCAACCUCAACGAGGAGGCGGCGCUGAAGCGAGCCAUCGCGGUGGCACCCAGAGGUCAGAGGAUCAUUCAGCUGCUGAACAUCACGGUGGGCACCCAGUCAUUCUCGCCCCUCUUCUGGGCCAUUGACUCGGGGAGCCUGAACAGCGCCAAGGCCAUGUUCCAGGACCUGUUGACAAUUCGUGCAGAUCGCGACGUGUAUUACUACGGCUGCGAUGAGCUUUUCACCAGACAUCCCGACAUCAUCAAGCGUCUUUGUCAAAGUGCGCCGACUCUUUUGGAGACGCUCUUGGACGGCUUGGUGUGGCGUUCGCGGCUGACGAACCAUGGACUGCGACGGGUGAACUACUAUGUCAAACACCUGAUCCAGGACCUGCGCGGGAAGUUUAGCCCUGCCAUUGGCUGGUUGGUGGAGUAUGACAAUCCCAAGAUUGCGAGCCAUCCCUGCAUCAUGCUGGCGGCAGACACCAUUUGGUUCCGCUUUGCCACUUAUUACUUUUUGCUCGGACAGGGCUACUUCAUUGUGACGUUGCUGGCCUUCAUCACGUCUCAAUCCUUGCUGAUGACACACGAUGACCAUUCCUCGAGUAACGAGGAGCGCUACCUGCUGAUGGGCUGCCGCAUCAUCUUGUAUGGCAUUGUGCUUCCUUGCACGGCCGGCUCCUUUUGUUUGAAGUGCAUGGUGGACUGGGGCCAGGGCAAGGUGGUGCGCAUUCUGGGCCUGCCGCUGCCGCUGAACCUUUGCAGCUUCCAAGGGGUGGUGAGGCUGUGCUCCAUUUGGGUGUUGCUGCUCAUGUUCGCCUUCGAGCCGCUGAUACGCUGCAUGGAGAUGAGCGGUCAGAUCAUCAUAAGCACCACCUGCAAUGCCGGCCUCGAGGUUCUGGAUGUCUACAGCACCCUUUCCUCGGCAGGCAUGCUGGUGUAUUGGCUCAUGCUCCUUGACUUCAGCGUCUUUUCCACCCACAUCUCCGCCUUUCUGCUGGUUUGCGCCCAUGUACUCUCCGAGGUGGCCUUGUUCUUAAUGGCCUUGACCUUCCUGAUAGCCACCUUCGCCACGGCGAUCAACGCGCUCAACCAUCACCUUCCCAAUCUCGAUGGAGUGCUGGUCUGGACCAAAUGCCUGCUCCAGAUCACUCUUGGCCUCUACCCCGCAUCCAACUACGAACAGCUGCAGGGGGAGGCAGCGGUGUUUAUCUUCGUUUUUCUCUUCGCCAUUUUGGUCUUCAUCUUCUUGGCGAAUCUGCUGGUGGCGCAGCUGAACCAGGCCUACCACCAGAUGUUCGAGGACAUGCAGGGCAACGCCCGGCUGCAGCGUGCCAGUGUCAUCGUCUCGGUGAUGCACUCGACGCCAACGGCGUCUUGGGCCAAGUUCCUGGCGAGCCUGGGCUUCGAGCAGCGCCUGGAGUUCAACGAAGGCGACAUCGGCAUCGCCGGGGGCUUGCAGGUCUUGGAGCCCGCGAGCACCUGGGUGGUCACCGAGGACGCGGUGAAGCGCUACGGGGGCUCCACGGCGCCCUCCAUGCCUUGGCCCACGGAGGUGCAAGGGCAGACGGAGGAGGACCGCUUCGAACGCCUGGAGAAGCUAAUCAUUUCAAGCACCAGGGAACGCAGGCCUCACCGCCCCAAGCACGGAUCCGGCUCCGGAGUGUCCGGAGUCGCCUCCAGCGUGCUGUCCUCCGACAGCAGCCACGGCGGAGGAUGAAUCGAUUCGAGGAUUUCGGGCUGGUGGUCAUCCAGACCUGAGCCUCCCUGAGACGAAGGCACAAGGUCAGCCCGAAACCCGGCACGGAGCAACGUGGAGCUGCCGAGCGAGAGGGUUUGUGAAU